AUGGCCAAACCACUUAAUUUAUUUGGAAGGGUGCUGGUUGGUGAAGGAGUGCUGGUAAAAAUGUGUAGAAAGAAGCCGAAACAGCGCCAGUUUUUCUUGUUCAACGAUAUUUUGGUGUAUGGCAACAUUGUAAUCUCGAAGAAACGUUAUAAUAAGCAGCGAAUUAUUCCGCUUGAGAACGUAGUGCUGGAAGAUUUGCCAGAUGAAGGAGGUUAG